AUUUCUUUCGGUGCUGAUUUGUUUAAUAUUCAGUGUACUGUCUACUAUAGAGCACUAUUCUGAAUUUGCCACUGGAACCCUUUUCUGGAUGGAAAUAGUUCUGGUUGUUUUUUUUGGUGCUGAAUAUGUGGUCCGAUUGUGGUCUGCAGGCUGCAGGAGUAAGUAUGUUGGCUUCCAGGGAAGAAUACGGUUUGCCAGAAAGCCAAUAUCAAUUAUCGAUCUAAUUGUGGUAGUAGCCUCAAUUAUUGUUCUGAGCAUAGGAUCUAAUGGACAGGUGUUUGCCACCUCUGCAAUAAGGGGGAUCCGAUUUCUCCAGAUACUUCGCAUGCUUCAUGUAGAUCGACAGGGUGGCACUUGGCGACUAUUAGGAUCAGUUGUUUUCAUACAUCGUCAGGAACUCAUAACCACGUUGUACAUUGGGUUCUUGGGAUUAAUUUUUUCAUCCUAUUUUGUUUAUCUUGCUGAGAAGGAUGCAGUUGAUGAGGACGGAAAGACAGGUUUCUCCAGCUAUGCUGAUGCCCUUUGGUGGGGUGUGGUAACGGUCACAACGAUUGGUUAUGGAGACAAAGUUCCCCAGACGUGGAUUGGGAAGACAAUAGCUUCCUGUUUCUCAGUAUUUGCUAUAUCUUUCUUUGCUCUGCCAGCGGGUAUUCUAGGGUCUGGCUUUGCCCUGAAAGUACAGCAGAAGCAACGUCAGAAGCAUUUCAACAGACAAAUCCCAGCUGCAGCUUCUCUAAUUCAGACUCUGUGGCGGUGCUAUGCAGCAGAGAAAUCCUGCAGUUCUACAGCGACGUGGAACAUCUACGUUACAUCACCAAUGCAAAACCCCCAAAAAACACCAGCGCCAUCUAGCCCUAGCCUGAGAAAACAGGCUAGAAGAUACAAAAGAAAAGGGAAACUAGGCUGUGGUAAUGGUUCUGCACCUGUAAUAAAUCCAGGAGAGAAUGCCUUGUCUAUUCCACAGAUCACUUAUGAUCAUAUUGAUGAACAAGAAGACAAAAAAGAUGUGUCUUUCUACAUUGAUGAACCAGGAGUGAAAAGACAUUUAGAAGGGAAUACCCAAGAAAUGUCACGGGCCAACAGCUUCACUGAUGACAUUGACCUUAUAUCAGAAGAGUUGCCACUGCCAGCUGUAUCCGACGUGGCACA